AUGGUUUUAAAACGUCUCGGCAAGAUAACUGAGGAGCGAUACGAUUUGAAGCUAGAACCGGUGGAGCUACGUUGGAGUACAAACGGUGGCUUACAGAAGGUGUUCCUUUCCAAUCCGACCAAUGUGCGUCGCGCCAUCAAGGUGAAAUGCUCUGAUAAUCAUUUAUACCGCGUGAAUCCUGUCUAUUCAUUCAUCGAACCAGGGCAGGUUCUUAGCGUUGACGUCGCACGUCAGAAUGGCGGAGCUAAAGUGGAUAAAAUGAUUUUCGUCACAGCUAAGGCCAAUAAGGGCGACCAGAAUCCGCGUACGCUUUUCACCGAGGGUGCGUCAAAGCCGAUGAUGGUCUUACCGCUCAUUGCCACAUAA